ACUAUAACAGUAAAAUUAAUCAAGCUUGCAUAGCCCGCCAAACGCGCCCAAUCCCUUAUAUUAUAGUAGCCAUAAUCGUCCAUCCUGAUAGAAUCAUCAUCAUUCCAUUCGUUCGUUCUCUUCUCUCUGAAUCCGCUGCUGCUUUCCUCAGCCCUAGCUUGAUCGCCAUGGAAGCAGCAGCGCCUUCUUCAGCAGGAACGUCCAGUAGUAAGCGCACCCUCACCAAGAGGCCCUCAGCCUCUUCCUCCUUUCGUCUCCGCAGCCCGAGUCUUAAUUCUCUCCGCCUCCUCCGCAUAUUUGACAUUUUCGACAAGAACUCCGAUGGCUUGGUCAGCGUCUACGAGAUCAACCAGGCCCUGGGACUACUCGGUCUGGACGUCGAAGUUUCCGAGCUGGAAUCCAUCAUCCGGACCUUCAUCCAGCCCGGAAACGAAGGCCUCACGUAUGACGACUUCGUAGGGCUCCACCAGUCCCUUUACGAUACAUUCUUCUUCGACGGUGAUAACCUAGGAAAUGCUGUGGAAGAGGCAGCGGCCUUGGUGGUGGCUGUCCGGGACGAGGAGGAGGCGAAGAAGUUAUUGCAGGAGGAGUCGGAUCUAAGGGAGGCGUUCAAGGUGUUUGAUGAAGACGGUGAUGGGUUCAUAUCGGCAAAGGAGCUGCAGACGGUGCUUGGGAAGCUAGGGUUUCCGGAAGGCAAUGAGAUUGAUAGAGUAGAGAGGAUGAUUACUUCCGUUGACCGGAACCACGACGGCCUCGUUGACUUGUUCGAAUUUAAGGACAUGAUGCGCAGUACUGUUCUUGUUCCUUCUUCUUGAAUCUAGUUGUUAAUUUUCUAAAUCAUAUUCAUUUCCGUUCCACACUGUUGUGCAUGUCAUUUUUCGAUCUUUUUCUCUUAGUGACAGCGUGUGAAUGUUAAUUGUCAAUUUGUAAUCAAAUAAGGAAAGUAAUUCUUCGUUUCUCUA